AUGGCCAUGGACGGACCCGCUGCCGACGCCGCCCGUCGCCGGGUUGAGGCCCUCAUCGCCCACGCCGUCGACGGAUACAUGGCGCACGCGGCGCCGGCUGAUGAGCUGCGCUCGCUCUCGUGUCGUGGAAUGGAAACCUUUGGAGGCUAUGCCCUGACCCUGGUCGAUGCUCUGGAUACUUUGCUGAUGAUCGGUGAUGCGCCGCGGGCCAGGCUCGCCCUCGACGCGCUGAGAGCCUCGCAUCUGGCGGCAGAGCGCUUUGCCCUCGAUGCCACUGUCUCGGUCUUUGAGACAAACAUCCGCAUCGUCGGUGGCCUGCUCUCUGCUCACGAGCUGGCGCCGGCUGUUCUUGGUCCGUCAACAAGCGUCGACGACCUGCUCGACCUCGCGGUGGCUCUCGUCGACCGCAUGCUCCCGGCCUUUGACACGCAUACCGGCAUCCCGUUUUGUUCGAUCCAUCUUGUGCACGGCGUUGCGCCGGAUGAGACGCCGGAGACUUCGACCGCCUGUGGCGGCUCGAUGCUCCUCGAGUUUGGUGUGCUCUCGGCGCUCACCGGAGAGGCCAAGUACUACGCCGCCGCGCGGCGGUCAUGGCUCGCCCUGGCCGCCGCCGCCGUCAAUGGCCUCGUUGGCUCGCACAUCAACGUCCAGACUGCGACUUGGACAGAGGCCAAGGCCACCAUUGCCUCCAACGUCGACUCGUUCUACGAGUAUGGCCUCAAGGCCGGCCUCCUGUUCGGCGACCACGAGAUCCUCGACGCCGCACUCGAGCUCAUCGCGUCCGCAGAGUCACGUCUCGCCCGCGGGCCUUGGUACGUCUCGCUCCAUCUCACCGCCGGCAAGCUAAUUCAUCCGGUCGGACCCGAGCACCUCGGUGCCUUUUGGCCGGGCCUCCUCACCCUCGCCGGUGCCCCGGCCCGCGCCGCAGACAUCGCCAUGGCCUACACUGCCGUCCUCCGCAAGCACGGCAUGCUCCCGGAGCGCUUCGACCUCAUCAACAACGCCAUCCCUGAAGCUACUCAUCCCGGCUCGGCUGCCUGGCACCUCCGUCCUGAGCUCGUAGAGUCGUACUACUACCUCGCCCGCGCCGAUCGCGACUCGGCCCGCUGGCUCCUCCACGCCGAGACCAUUGUUAACGGUCUCGAGGACGUGGCCCGGAGCCCGUGUGGAUUUGCUUCGGUCAAGGACGUGCGCUCUCGUCUCCGUCUCGACCGCAUGGAGUCGUUUGUCCUCUCCGAGACGCUCAAGUACGCCUGGCUCGUCUUUGCCGCCCAUCCCCGUGCAGACCUCUCGCACCUCCCACCGCAGAUGCGCGCCCUCGUCGCUGACGAUGGCUUUAUCCUCACCACCGAAGGCCAUCCGAUUCCACUGCUCGGCCGCGACUGGUACGGCCGCCUCGUUGCCUCAGGCGCCCUGCUCCGCAGCCGCCCGUCGUCUGUACACCUCUGCAACGCCCUCCAUCCCGCGGGCAUCUCGCCACCGUUUGCCGGGUGGCUCGCUCUCGACACCGCCUUCCACACCGGACUCGCCGAUCGCGACGCGGCCCGCCUCGCCAACGACGGCACCGACACCGCCUUUCGCAUCUGUGCCGCCACCUCGACCGGUGACCCGAUGUGGACCAUCGUUGUCGGGCCAGACGUCGACCUCAGUGUCGUGCCCGCGCCAAGCGAGCUUGACGAGCCGGACCAUGUGAUCAUGACUUCAAUCGCCGACAUAGACAUCGCGAGUGGCGUCACGCCGCUGUUUGCAUGGCGCGGGCCAGUGGCUCCUGCUGUCUUGCCUCUCCACGGCCGGUCGCACACACGGUACGCGGUGACAGUGGUCGAAGCGGGCGACCAGGCGGUGCUGGCGUUUCCGCCCGCGCUAGCCAUGUGCUGGGAGGCGAGCGGCGCGCGGUUUGGUCUGCCGCUGCAGGCGGGAGCCUGGCGCGACGUCGCCGUGCCUACGGUGGACUUUACCUGCGCGCCGCGACCCGGCUCGGUGGGCACGGCGUUGGCGCGGCGCGGCGGAUGCACCUUUGUCGACAAGGCUGCCCAAGCCCGCGCCCAACUCGGUGCCGAGCUGCUGUUUGUGGCUAACUCGCCCGGCGACGCCGAAUUCAUCGACAUGAUCGGGGUUGGAGGUGCCGACGAGGCGAGCUUGCCGACCACGCUGAUGGUGAGCGCCGAGGCUGGUGACGAGCUGCUAGCGCUGGCGCGCGCAGGGCCGCGCAUCCAGCUCCGGCUCCGCCGACUCGUUGGCGAGCGGCAUCUGGCGUUUCAGGGCACGCGUGUCGCCAACAUUGUCCUCCUCGACGACGAGGGUGACGAUUAG